CGAGAGGGACGGGAGAGAGAGUGUGAGCUGCAAACAAUCAUCACAGACACAGAGAGAGAGAGAGAGCUUUAAAUGCAACUCAUCACCAUCAUGGCCCCACCCACCUUCCUUCACUCUCUCAACAGUCCACACAAACCAUGUAGAGAGAGAAAAGAGGGAUCCAAAAAAGAGAGAAAGGGGAUAUCUUGACGCAAAAAGUGGAGCAAUAGAAAGCUCCGUCAAAAUUUUGCAUUCAAUUCAACUUAAAUAGUAAAACAUAACCUCUUGGUCUUCGUCUUCCUCACCGUAAUUUCCUGCAUUUCCUUUUUUCACCCUUCUGUUCUGUCCUGCAGGUCUUUCCCUUUGAGUCGAUUAUUAGUAUUCAUCUUCUUGCCUUUCUGAUUAAAUCUUGGUGAUUCUCUCAUUACCUUUAAUUUUUUGGCUAAUUUCUUUUUCGGGUACAAGUUGUAUUUAAGAAUUACUAAGUUUAAUUUUGUUGUCUUUUUCCUAAUUAUAGACCACUCGGUUUUGGGUUCAUCUACAUCUCCUCUGUCAGCCUCUGGUUUCCUCAGGGUUUCCGUUCUUCGAUCUCUCCUUGUACGACAAUACAGAAUUCUGCUCUCUCUCUCUCUAGGACAUCAGAGUGCACCAGGCGAAAAAGGAUAAUCUUUUCCCUCUAAGGGUUGGGGGCAAUCUUUGAUUUCUUUGUUAUUAAUCAAAUUGGUCAUCACAAAAUUAAAAGUUAUUUCAUCUCUCUCUCUCUCUCUCUCUCUCUCUCUCUCUCUCUCUCUCUCUAUAACCCUCUUGCAAAAGGCAGAUGAGUUGUUUUUCUUGCGUGAAUAGUCGCCGAAAGGAUGUCAGGGAUGUUGACGACGAUAUGGCCGCUAGGCCUGCCGAUUCUUCAGUUAGUGGCAGAGGAAAUGCAAAUGGCAGUGAUCAUGGGAGUGGAGCGCGUUCUUUGAGCGGUAAAGGCUGGGAAAGUCGUGGCCAAAAGGGUAAUGUGGCACGUAGCUUUACGUUCCGCGAGCUUGCCACGGCGACAAGAAACUUUAGGGAGGUUAAUUUGAUUGGGGAAGGGGGUUUUGGAAUGGUUUUCAAGGGCCGCCUGGAAUCAGGGCAGAUUGUUGCAAUCAAACAACUUAAUCUCGAUGGUCUCCAAGGAAACCAGGAAUUUAUAGUGGAGGUUCUUAUGCUGAGUCUACUUCACCAUCCCAACCUUGUCACCUUGAUUGGCUAUUGCACUGAUGGAGAUCAAAGACUUUUGGUUUAUGAGUUCAUGUCAAUGGGCAGUUUGGAGGAUCACCUUUUUGAUGUUGAACCUGAUAAAGAGCCAUUGAGUUGGAGCACAAGAAUGAAGAUUGCUGUUGGUGCUGCACGGGGCCUCGAGUACCUCCAUUGUAAAGCAAAUCCACCAGUUAUCUACCGUGACUUGAAAUCUGCAAAUAUUUUAUUGGACGAAAACUUCAAUCCUAAGCUCUCAGAUUUUGGACUUGCUAAACUGGGUCCUGUGGGUGACAAUACUCAUGUCUCAACCAGAGUAAUGGGAACAUACGGAUACUGUGCCCCAGAAUAUGCCAUGAGUGGCAAGCUAACUCUAAAAUCGGAUAUCUAUAGCUUUGGUGUCGUUAUGUUGGAGCUGAUCACUGGGCGUAAGGCGAUUGACUCCACUCAAAAGCCAGGAGAGCAGAACCUUAUAGUUUGGGCUCGUCCUUUCUUAAAAGACAAGAGGAAGUUCAUUCAGCUGGUUGAUCCCUUGCUGCAAGGACGCUUCCCUCUUCGCAGUUUGCACCACGCAGUUGCCAUUACAGCAAUGUGUCUCCAGGAGCAUGCACAUUUCCGCCCCCUCAUUGGUGACAUUGUUGUAGCUCUCGAGUACUUGGCCUCUCAAUCGCAUAAAGAGUCGCCGAGGGGUGUGGCCCGCUCUCCCUCGUCGUCAUCACCUUUACAGCCCAACAAUGGCCCGUUAUCUUGAGGAUGGGACUUUGGAAGCCAUUUCUUCUUUUAUUUAAAGCUUCUUGGUGCAAGUUGUUUUAAUCACUCUGAUCACUAUGAUGCACCACCCCACGUAAUUACCAGAUUUCGCAAAAUUUGGGUCCAAAAGGCUUUGUUCCACGAGUAAUCAAAGGAAAGAGUUGGGUCUUCUGGUGGAAACAUGAGGUAUGAAGAUGCUCUGUGUAUACAUCAAUGCUUCCGAUUUUUCUUUCUAAGUGUCAGCUAUCCCUGUAGGUGUGUACUUUGCUGGCGGAAAAAUUGUUGAAUUAGCGAUAUGAGAUGAUUUUUUUUAUUAGCUGCUGUGACCUUGUGUUGGAGGAUUGCUUAUUUUUGCUUCUUGUUCAUUCUAUAAUUAGGACUAGUCUCUGUUAGUGCUUCGAACGUAAAUAUCACCAUAAAUACAUUUGUGCGCAUUGGCUUGUUGAUCGUCA